AUGUCUAAUUACCAGAAGAGCCAGCCCUCUGAGCUUGAGGAAGCCCCUCAGGCCCAAACAGUCUCAGCAGGCCUGGUGGGUGAGCAAGUCCCCCAGGCUGAAAAGGAAGUCGCAGCCAUUGCCUCCUCUUCCAUUCCUGUGCUCUCGGAGACCACAAUGGAGAUAUCAGCAGGCUCCGUGAGUGAGGAGAUCCACAAAGCUGAGGAGGAAGAAGAGCUCACUGUCUCUGAAUCCUUCUCUUCCACUCCUCCAAUCCAGAAUACCACAAUGGAGCUUCCUGCUACUGUGAAUCAACCUCCCCAGAGUCCUCAGAUAGCCUUCUCUUCCUUCAGUGCCAUGGAAUCCAACCCACAGAACGAGGACAAUUUUGGAUCUCAAAACCACCAGCAAGCAGUGCGUGUAUGCCAUCAGCACACUCCAGCGUAUCCUGCUUCUUUGCAGCAAGAUGCCAUAGCGUUGGUGCCCUAUUUGCUCCUGAAAUAUUGGCUGAAGCAACCAGCCAUCAAGGCAGAAAUGCUGAAUUACAUAACUCCCAAUCACCAUCAUUAUUUCUCGGUCAUCUUCAGGAGAGCCCGUGCCUGUAUGCAGCUGCUUUUUGGUAUUAAUGCGGAGGAAGUGGAUCCUACCUUCCACACCUAUGUGCUUUCCACGGCAGCGGGGCUCACCUAUGAUGGGAUUAUGAGUGAUGUGCAGGGCUUGCCCAAGACAGGCCUCCUGAUAAUUGUCCUGUCCAUCAUCUUCAUGGAAGGCAACCGAGCCAGGGAGGAGUUUGUCUGGCGGGCACUGAGUAUGAUGGAGGUAUAUGCUGGGAGAGAGCACUGCCUCUUUGGGGAUCCCAGGAAGCUGGUCAUGGAAGAUUUUAUUCAACAGGGGUACCUAGAAUACCAGCAGGUGCCAGGCAGUGUUCCCGCUUGCUACGAGUUCCUGUGGGGCCCAAAGGCCCGUGCUGAAACCACCAAGAUGAAAGUCCUGCAACAUUGUGCCCAGUUCGGUGGAGUUGAUCCUGUGUCCUUUUCAGCCCUCUAUGAAGAAGCUUUGAGAGAUGAGGAAGAGAAUGCUCACCCAUGA